ACGGAACUUCCGGGCUCAGAGCCUGUUUCGAAUCUGAGAGGACGCAUCACUAAGCCUUCAGAUAUUCUUUCCUCGUCGUUUGGGAACGAGUUCAAAGCUAGCUUCGGCAGAUCGGACCGAAGCGGAAAUGCCUUUUCAAAAAGGAAAAUGCACUUUUGCUCAUCUCCCCCCUGUUCGAUCGUUCCUGGACGGCGACGACGAUAAAAGUCUGCAACAGAAAGUAAGAUGCGUUACAGUUUCUGUGGAUGUGUCCAGCCUCUUAAACAUAUCAAGGAAGUCUGACACUAUAAAUGUAAUGAUCGCGCCAUCAUGUACUCAUCGCACAACAUCUGACACAGACUCCCUAUAAUUGCAGUCCUUUAUCUCUCAGCUGGUCUUUCAAGGUUACACUCCAAAAUGUCGUCAAGUUCAGCUUCAGGAAACUUCUCCUCAAUACCAAUUCUCGACUAUUCCCUAUCUGCCUCUCCGAAUACCAGACCGCAACUUAUCUCCGAGCUUCGCAACGCCGCUAUCAACGUAGGAUUUCUCUACCUAUCAAACACGACUGUGGACCCUAUUCUUGUCAAAGAACUCGUCUCGUACCUUCCUCGACUAUUUGCUCUCCCUCAAGAAGCUAAGGAAAAGAUCCGAAUGCGCAACUCGCCCCAUUUCCUGGGAUAUUCUCAAUUCGGUGCGGAGUACACUAAAGGAAACGUGGAUAUGAGGGAACAGUUUGAUAUUGCCACGCCCCAUGAGUGUCAAUGGAAGCCUGGAGAUCCAGAUUACAAGCGUUUGUGGGGACCGUCUCAGUGGCCGGACGAGGACCUGAUUCCUGGGUUCAAAGCGACCCUGGAGAGAUACCUCCAGCAGGUGCAAGAGUUGGCAGACAAUUUCGUCAAGGUUCUAGCUGAGGCGCUUGGGCUCGGCCCAGAUGGGUUGGCGCGGUUUUACGACGCACCUGAGCUUAUGCAGCAUCGGAGCAAGAUGGUGCAGUAUCCGGUGGUGAACGAGCGGUCGCCGUCGAACCAGGGCGUAGGGCCGCAUUAUGAUGCAGGCUUUUUAACUAUACUACUACAAGCAUCGGAUCAUCCGGGAUUACAGGUACAAAAUCUGGCGGGAGAGUGGAUCGAUGCUUCCCCGGUACCGGGAACUUUUGUGAUUCUAUUCUAUGUAGCAUUGGAAUUCGCCACCCAAGGCAUUGCGCGCGCCACAUCCCACAGGGUCCUCUCACCUCCUUUAGGAUCGACGAGCCCUAGAUAUUCUAUACCUUUCUUCCAUAAUAUUGGGCUAGACGUCAAAGUGACCGAUCCUGCAUAUAUUUUGAAUUUCCCAGAGGAGAUCUUAAAAUUACGCGAUGCGAGGGGAAAGCUACCCGACACUGAUUCCGUGAACUUCCCUGAGUUUUCUACGCAGACUUCUGGGCAUGUUAACCUUGUGGGCAGAGUGAAGAGCCAUCCUGAUGUCGGAGAACGACACUACCCUACGCUUUUCAAGCAGAUAUUUCCCAAUGGUCUGCCAACACAUGGGACGGCCUACUGA